CAAGUAAUUUUCAUUCAUUUCAGUGCCAAAAGUGUUUUUGUUUUCCUACUUAGAUGUCAUAGAUUUAUCACAGUUGGACUCGUUCAUGUCUUUGAAUUACUGAUAGUGCUUUUAGUGCAAAUUAUUGAACAUAUUCGCGGAUCAUUUAGUUAACUGUAUUUUCAAUAACAUCGGAAUCUGGAUAAACUUUUUGGUAGAGAUUUUUUAGCAAUAGUUCCAACAAAAACCAGAUAUAGCCUUGGAUGGGGAACCGAUUACUCUUGGACGUCCUGAGCACAUCGCAGAGGUGACAGAACUGAGCGCAAUCUUCAGUUUGAUAACACGAAAGGAUAUUCCAUAGACUCGCGGUUCUGUUCGAUGCCGGAAAUGCUGUGAAUUGGGACCAUAAGUAUUCCAUUCAUACCCAAACCGGCGAAAAUUUUAUGAUGUUUCUGGUGUAACAAAUAGACCGUAUGCUGUCGGGAGAAGGUGAAUGAAUCUCGCAUGCGAUCACGCGUUGAUGGAGAAAUAACAUAACUAAAGAACACCAUCGCUGCUCGAUCCACGAAACACAAACCGAAAAAGAAAUAUUUGAAAAACAGAGUAAAGUGUAUGGACUCUCUAGUGACAAGGCAAACGGUUACACCAAUGGGGGGAGAGUCUGAGAGCCUCAUGACCUGUUUCUCCUCCACACUCUCCACGGGCUCCAAAAGACGGUGGUAAAGCCAUGCGCGAUCGUGGAGUCGCGCUUUAGUCUCGUUUUGAAAUUCCACCGACCAACAGCGGUGAAUAGCCAGAAAGAGGGAGGAACAACGCCACAGGCAAAAAUCCCAUUCGAGUAGCGCGUGUAUCUUAUUAUGCAAAUAUGAUCGUUUGAUGUGAAAUUUGAAGAAAACUGAAGCUUUUGAGAUGGAGACUAAUUUGAUUCGUGUUCUGGAAGGACAGUAUCUCGAUGAGUUGACAAGUGAAUUGUGUGACUUCUCACUAGAAGAACAAAAUGCUGCCACGGAAGCGCAAGGUGUGAAACCUUUAGCUGCUUCAGAUUACGUACCAGUUGUGGGUAAAACAGUGACCUACGUGGUGGCUUGUGUGAUUGUGAAUGACAAAAACGAAGUGCUGAUGAUGCAAGAAGCCAAGGAGUCCUGUGCUGGCAAGUGGUAUCUGCCGGCUGGUCGGAUGGAACCUGGUGAAACAAUAGUUGAAUCUGCAGUAAGGGAAGUACUGGAAGAAACUGGAAUGAAGGCUGAAAUCACAACUCUACUUGCUGUGGAAUCAGCGGGUGGUACGUGGUUCCGAUUUGUUCUAAGUGGUAGAGUUACAGGAGGAGAACUAAAAACGCCUUCGCAGGCAGAUCAAGAAUCGAUUCAAGCAAAAUGGAUCGAAAACCUUAACGAGCUCAACUUGCGUGCGAAUGAUAUUCUGCCAAUUAUAGAUUUAGCACGCAACCAUAAGCGACGCCUUCCCAAAGACCCCAAUUGGCACAGAGAUAUUCUUCCGGCCAAAAAACCGCACUACAAAAACUAUCUACGGGUAGUUGUUGCAAUAAAGAACAAAAGUACCAAUCAAGUAUUUGUGUUACUCAGUGAGAAAACAGCAUACCAUUUUCCUACAGUGGAAAUUCAUCCUGGCCGUAGUAUUCAUUCCACAUUGAAGAAGUUCAUGAUCGAACUGUUUGGGGCCGAUCUACCACAGCAUAGACCACACGGAGUUUUGAGCGUCGAGCACCACACCACCGGUUCCCAGGCGAACCCGACAGACGGUAUUUGUGUCACGUUGCUGGUCGUCUGUCGGCCCUCGAUCGAGAGCGUGUCUCUUAUAGGCAAGUGUAUUUGGCACGAGCUGAAUAAGGAACUCAGCGCCCGCCUGGCGAUGUCUGUCGCCGCGAAGAAUUCCACGCUAUUGCUGCAUGUUGUACGAUAAUGGAAUCAGCAAUUUUUCCAACGUUUCGCGACACGCCUUUCCACAAUUUCUUUCUUUCUCAAACCUGAUCGAUGGUACUCGCCCAAAAAUAAUCAACCAUUGCAUGUAUCCUAAGUUUUAUCGCUAUAUUGAUUAUAGAAACCAAACAAAACAGCAAGAAACACUCAAUACUAGAUGUUAGUCGGUGACAUAGGAAGUAUACCCAGGCAGUCUAAAAGUGUUUUGUCUUUACGCGAUCGGAAUCUCAAUGAUGUAAUGUCUUUCACUCGGAAGGAGAAAAACAGUAUAAAAAAUGGUCAUGGGAAAAAUGCAUACCAAAUCCGAAAAAGCGAGGUGUAGAAUUAUGGUGCUUUUUCCAAGGGAAAGUGAAUCUGUGAAUUGGAGAAAAACAGAGGAAACAAGCGAAUCUGUGUUCCAAUUAAUGAAUUGAGAAGGAACGAAUGGAAAUAAUUUAACAUUUUCUAAUUAAUAAACUACAGCUAAGUGACUGACCCACAACUACAGAUGAACAACGAUUUCUGAUGCAAAGUUUAAUAAACUGUUAUAAAACAUC